UGUUGAUUUUAGUUUGGGUUCAAAUCUCGAAAAGUUCGUAGUAUUAUUAUACGGUGAAGAAAAAGCUUUGGAAAGCGUAUAAUAAUUAUUAAUCGAGAUAUAAAUUGAUCUAUAACCAUUGAAAGAAGAAGCGUGGUAAUUAAAAAUAAACAAGUUUUCGGAGAUAGUGUGAAAGUAUUACUUUUUCAAAAGUAUAACAAGUGUUUUGUCAAAAAUUUUGGACAUUCAGUAAAAAUCAGUGUUUAGUUAAAAUAUAUAAAGACAUUGAAAGUUUAUAGUUGAUAAUUCAACUUUUUUCAGAAGUUAAUUGAAAGUACUAAUCAAAAAAAGUUAUAAAAAUGUCCGCUUCACCAAUGGCUAGACAAGCAUACUCACAUGCUACUGCCAUCCCAACUAGGAAGAUCCUUGUAACCGACGCAUCACAAAUGCCUGAUGUGUACUCUCAAACACCCGGCGGUACCCUCUACUCAACCACUCCUGGAGGUACUCGUCUUAUCUACGAACGCUCCUUCAUGAUGAAUUUGAAAAGUUCACCACUCAGUCAAACCCCACCGAAGAAUGUGCCAACCUGUCUAUUGCGGGGUCAACCUAAUACGCCAUUCCCGAAAAAACCAUCGCCUGUGUCAAGAUCACCACCAAAAAUGGAUGAUCAAGAACAAUUCAUUAUGGACUUAUAAAUUACCCAAUAUCAUUCGUUCAAUUUUCACACCCCAUGGGUUGUGGAUAAUUUAAGAGAAAAUCGCUGAGACGCUUAAGCAACGACCUUAGUGGCUAUACUUAUGUUUAACGUGUUUCAACACAAUUUUUAUUUUUGUAUAAUUUAAUAAUUGUUUUUAUAAAGUAAGGACAACAAUCAGUGAAGUGAAAAACAGUAAAAAAUGAUAGAGACACAAUUUCACAUCUUAAGUUAAUUCAUCAAAACAAAACUAAGAAAAUUUAAAAUUAUAAUUAUUAUUUAUCUAUUGAAGGAUAUUCAACACUAAAACUGAAAUUUCCAACAUAUCAAUAUUUAUACGACGAAAUUUAUACUGUUUUUUACUUUUACAAUAUUAUUUUAGUCAUAUUGACUUUAAUUUCUUUUUUAUUAUUUUGAUAAAAUCGCCUUGCGGAAAGGCUAAUUUAUAAAUAACUGAAAAAAUCCAAAAUAUCAUUUGCACUUCAAAGUUAGUUGUUACUUUAGGCAGUCGCACGAGGGAAAAAUAAGAGUCAAGUCGAGAAAAAUAACUUAAAUAUGCAAUUCAAAUGAUUUUGUUAAAUAUUCCGUAUGGUAUCCUAAAUAUUUGAAAAUUAAUUUUAAAGAUUGUCCACCAAAAAUUUAAAACAAAAAAAACACAAUGGAACUUUUAUGCAUACCUUUACAUUUUCUGCGGUGGAUUAUAACAUUUGUGAUAUUAAAUAAUUUAAAAUAAAAUACUAGGUUUUUUAUCUGUAAA